CCGUCCUCUUCCCCUGCCCACGUCUUCCGGCUGGCGCAUUCCGGAAUCUUUCUCCCCUCUCGCUCUCUCCACCAACCAAGAACAGCAACACCUCGGCCUCGGAGCGCCGCCGAAUCCGCCGCCCGGCAGAAGGGAUCCGAAGCUCCCAUGGCUGGCAAGUACAUCGUCGCCGGCCUCGUCGGCUCCUGUGUCAUCUCGUACGCUUGCGACUACAUUGUUUCUCAGAAGAAGAUCUUCGGUGGCACCAUCCCAGGGACUGUGUCCGACAAGGAGUGGUUGAAGGCGACGGAGCAGAGGUUCCAGGCCUGGCCUCGCGUCGCCGGCCCGCCGGUCAUCAUGAACCCCAUCAGCCGCCAGAACUUCAUCGUCAAGGACCUCAACCCCUGAGGCCCAAGACCUUGAGGUUUGCGGUCGGUUGGAACCUUUACCCUGAUGGCGAUGCCUGUUGCUAAAUCUACCUAUAUGUGCUGGCUGUACUCUCGAGGCUAUUUUGUCUGUCUCAAUAAUUAAAACAACACUAUUGUGUAGGGCACCGUGGCUAUAUUUCUUCUGAAGAACAGAAGAGAACCUGAAGCAUAUUUGCUUUGGACUUUUUGUCAUCUUUUGUUUGCAUAAACAUAUGUUUACUUUUCAAUUUGUGCUUGUCGGAGCAUUGGAGUAUGUGCCUUGCAAAUUCA